GCAGUUGCCCGAUCGCGAUGGGCUUGCCCGUUGCUGGCCCUGGCGCGUCCCGUCUGUCUCGCACUUCCCCUAACUAGCGCCCGUCCCGCUUGGUUCCCAAGUUCCGUUACGAGGCAUGGACCGACAGAGGUGACUGGCUGGGUGUGUGCGCCCCUGUUGACGCUGCCUGCCUGCCCGCUCUUGCGCUCUCCCACCCGUACAGAGUAUCGAACAUGGGAUGACGGGACCGAGUAGAGGUGGGUGAUGAUGUCCUGGGCUCUUCCACCCUCGUCCCCCCGGCCGGUGCACCCUCUGCCACCUGGCGCAUGACCCUGUUUCUUGGGACAGGCAAGAGAACCCGCCCGGCUCUAACUGAUUGAUUGCUCGCAUUGUCCCUCGUUGACGUAUAUCGUCCCUUCCGGCGGCAGCCAAGAACCGAGAUUGUCCGCCCGUCCAUGCGCUCGCGCGCGCUUGCCUCUUCCUUCAGGUUCCGACCAAAAUCAAGAGGUGCCGCCGCCGUUCCUUGCUCUUGCACCAAGCUUGGGUGACGUUGUCGUGCGCCUCGUCUGCCCCUCGUCGUGCUCAAGACCCGUCGACCUUCUUUACGCUCAUUUCUCCAUUUUCUUUCCCUUCUCGCGUCCCGUGUGUGUGCCAUUCGUCCCCAUCGAGACGAACUGUCGCCUAGUUGCGCGAGCGCCCGGUUUUUGUGGCGUCUGACUCGCCCUUUGCUGUGAUUCCCGCUCCCGAAUCUUGCGCUCUUCUCUUCCCCCACUUGCUUGCUCAAGAAAAAGCCAUCUUUGGAACGGGCAUCUGGUGGAGGGACUCUCUUGGCUUGCGCCCUGCCGAGAAUCGGCUCAGUUCGAACCCCCCCCCAAUUGCUUCGCUUCUAGCACUUCCGAGACACGUCAGUGAGACAGCCGCCAUGUUGCGAAGCACCCUGGCCAUUGUCUCCAGCCUGGUGGCCUCGGCCGCAGCCCUGGACCCCGUCGAGGCGUACGGCAACAAGUUCUUCAACAAGGACGGAUCGCAGUUCUUUAUCAAAGGCGUGGCGUAUCAGCUUGUUCCCGAUGACCCCCUAAUCGACACAAACCAGUGCAACCUGGAUGCCAAGUUGAUGAAGGACCUGGGCGCCAACGCCAUCCGCGUCUACCAUGUCGACGCAGGCAAGAAUCACGAUGGCUGCAUGAAGGCGUUCGACGACGCUGGCGUCUAUGUCAUGCUCGACAUGGAUACUUUUAACACGUACAUUGAACCGACGAAGCUUUACUGGAACUCUAGUCAAUUCGAAAAGUACGCCGAGGUCAUGGAUACGUUCCAAAAGUACGAUAAUCUCUUGGGCCUGUUCGUCGGCAACGAAAACAUUGCCAAGAAACAGGACUCGCCCGUCGCCCCUUUUCUCAAGGCUGCCGCCCGGGACAUGAAGGCCUAUCGCGACCGCAAGGGCUACCGUAAAAUCCCCGUCGGCUACUCGGCCGCCGACAUUCAGGAGCUGCGCCCCAUGCUCCAAAACUACCUGACGUGCGGAGGCAACUCAUCCGAGAUUGUCGACUUCUUUGCUCUCAACUCGUACUCGUGGUGCGACCCCAGCACCUAUGAGCAGUCUACCUAUGACAAGCUCCAGGAGUAUGGCAAGAACUUCCCCGUACCCAUCUUCUUCUCGGAGACGGGCUGCAACGUCCCGGGGCCACGCAGGUUCCAAGACCAGGAUGCCGUCUUUGGGAAGCUCAUGGUUAAUGACUGGAGUGGCUCCAUGGUGUACGAGUGGAUCCAAGAGGAGAAUAACUACGGGCUCAUCGAGUACGGGCCUCCGGCCAAGAAGAACAGGAGGGGUAACGACGCCGUCGGCGGCUUCAUUCGCAAGGGCACCCCGACGCCCAGGAACCCUGACUUCAACAAUCUCAAGACCAAGUGGGCGAGCCUCCACCCGACAGGUGUCAGCAAGGCCGACUACGACACCAAGAGCAUCUCGACACGCGCCUGUCCCAUGUCCACUUCGGCCGGCUGGUGGCAAGUUAAUGGUAAUGUCAAGCUGCCUACCCUGGGCGAGACCAAGACGGGUGCAUUCGAGUCGUCCCCGAGCGCCACGGCGGAUCCCAGCGCCACGGCGACGGGCGGCGGCGGCGGCGGCGGCGGCAAGACGGGAGACAAGUCGGGCUCGAGCACAAGCGGCCCCAAGGAGACGGGCGGGGCCGACAAGGGCAACAACGACAAGGAGAACUCGACUGACAGACCGCCGGCACUGCUUGGUGCUUCUUUUGCCGCACUUGUCUUGUCUCUGGCGAUUCUACUUUAGCCAGUUAUCGAGGGAGGGCUCCUCUCCGAUUCACUUAGUGUCAGCGCCGUGCUCACUUUUUGGACUUCUUGGUACAUAUUCCGACGUACACUCAGGUAUCGGCCAACGUAUCACGGGAUGAUGGCUGCUGCUGUGCGAUGCAAGCAUGUCGAUAUGUUUAUUACAUGUAUAAGACGGGUAUUGUAUAAAGCGUAAGCAUGACUUGCUUAGACUUAGAAGGACUAUAAUUACGUAGACGCCACCCUAACAAGUAGCACUUUUACCAAGGAUAUCUUUCCAAGGUCCUAAGGUCGAGGCGUGUGAAUGCCGGUACCUGAGCGACAACGGUCUCGAGGACGCAC